UGUCAGACAGCAGGGGGCGCCACACUCUCUCCCCUGAUGUAACUGCAUCCGGAAUAUCGUCGUUUUGAAUCUGUAGUUCAGCAAACUGUCCUACCUGCUAGUUAGCUAGGGUUGAAAACGUAACAUUUAUUAUCUGUAUCUGUAUUUAUAAGAUGUCGGCUGGGAGUUUAGGCAACAGUGCGUGUGGAACAAUGCUUUGAAGUAAUGUCAACUCAUCACGAAUUUGUUCGUUUACUAUGAGCUCUUUAUCAGCCCAGCCUCCUGCAUCAAGUUCAUCAUGCAGGACACUACCUGGAGAAGGAAAUCAGGUGCAACCCAAAGCCCCACUCUUGCAGAUCCUGCGUGUUGCUGGAGCCCAGGAAGAAGUCUUCACACUCAAAGAGGUGAUGCACUACUUGGGGCAGUACAUCAUGGGGAAGCAACUGUAUGACAAACAGAGGCAGCACAUAGUCCACUGCCAGGAUGACCCUUUGGGAGAGCUGCUGGAAGUAGAGAGCUUCUCUGUCAAAGACCCGAGACCGGUGUAUGAAAUGCUCCAAAAGUACUUGGUUGUUCUUGGUUGUGCUGACGCUGCAGAGAAUCUUUCUAUGGGCCGUGAAUGUGUUGAGGGCGGAGUGGAGGAUCGUGGGCAGAUAUGUGGAGGUGUGGUCAAAGCAGGGCUGGAGGCUGGCAGUAAUGGGCCUCUCCUGCAGACCCCUUCCCAGAGACGACCUCGAGAGCCAGACGAUGACUCCCUUGAAGGUCUGCCACGGUCAGCCUGCAAACGACCCAAGCUGGAUGUCACUCUUGAUGAGUGGGACCUCUCUGGCCUGCCCUGGUGGUUUCUGGGUAAUCUCCGUAGUAACUACAGCCGCAGGAGCAACGGUUCCACUGACAUCCACACAAACCAACUGUCUCCUGCACAGGAGGAGGAUACAGCAAUUGUGUCAGACACCACAGACGACCUCUGGUUUCUGACCGAGGGUGAGAGCGAACAGGUGAGUGUGGAGAUGAAAGAGGCUGCGCUGGAAGAAGGGAGCGGAGGGGAAGGAGAGGCUCCACCUGAGGAUGAUGAAGGAGGAGGAAAGGAAGAGAAGGCAGAUCGAGAGAUGCAGGAGGAGCCAGAUGAAGACUCGCAGUGUCUGAGUGAUGACACUGAUACAGAAAUCUCCACACAGGAUGCAUGGCAGUGCACAGAGUGCAGGAAGUAUAACACUCCUCUCCAGAGGUACUGUGUCCGCUGCUGGGCUCUCCGGAAGAACUGGUACAAAGACGUCCCCCGACUCGCCCAUUCCCUCUCUGUCCCUGACAUACCCGCAUGCAGCUCUCUCACCACCCAUGACGAGGAAGAUGACAGCGAUACAGGCAUUGAUGUCCCAGACUGCAGCAGGACAGUGUCUGACCCUGUCAUCCUGCCUUCUCACGCCACAGCUGACCGACUUCUACCCGCUAUGGUGAUGGGCAAAGGCAAAGGGCCUCGGCACUCCGGCAUGCACAAGGAUGAUCAGCUCUCAGGAGGGGAGAGUCAGGAAAAUCUGGGAAUGGAGGUUGAAGUUAGGCCUGAGGCACUGCUGGAGCCUUGCAAGCUCUGUCGAGUGCGACCGCGUAAUGGGAAUAUAAUACAUGGACGUACGGCUCACCUACUAACCUGCUUCCCAUGCGCAAGGAGGCUACAUAAGUUCCAGGCUCCUUGUCCAGGAUGUGGAAAGAUAAUUCAAAAAGUUAUUAAGAUAUUCAUCCUCUAAAAAGCAUACACACAUCAGUCAGGCACUGGGACCCAAUCACUAAAGAACACAUUUUCAAUCACAUUAGACCAUACAGCUGCAUGCACUCUGGUACACAAUCUCUGCACGUAGACACACACAACACGUGCACCUUACCUGAAAACUACACAGAUAUACACAAAGUACAGAACUUGGUUAAGCUUGCUCUUGGUUGCAUGGUUUAUUUUGCAUCACACUGCCUCUGAAGUAUUGUUAGAUAUGAAACUUUGGACAUGAGUUAGACCAGAUGUUUGUUUUAGUGCCACAUAUAAAUAAGGGAUGUAAAAAAAAGAAAAAAGAAAAGCAGAAGUAUUUAUUUAUUUAUGAGAAGAUCACAUAGGAUUGCAGAGUUUGCGUGAGCCCACUGUGUAAUUAUCUUAUUUCACGAAGCCUCGUUUUUUCAGGCUGCAUUGCGUUUGUUGAAUGGUGCCAUCCAAGAACUAGUAUUGCUUGCCUUAUUUCUAUUAGUUUUGUUUGACUUUCUUUUUCAGUAGAUUCACUUCAAUCAGCAUCUGGACAUAAACAGACAAGUCGGCGCAGGUGGCUCUGAGAUUUGAUUUGAGUUAUGAAGACAAGAUUGAAGGAAGAACAAGUCUUAAAAGCACGUUUUUGUCAUCAACAGCUGCAUUUCCAUGAAAGUAUCCUCAAAAGUUUUUCUUUUUAAAAAUGCGCUCUUUCUCAGCAUAAGUGAAUGUACUGUAAAAUACAAACAUGUUGGCUUAAGUUGUAUCAACAAAGAAUUUUCAGAUGUAGAAUUGAAUUUAACCUGCUUGAAAACGCACAGCUGAAGUGUUUUACUGUGUUUUUCUCUCAGUAGUAUUUUGAUGUUAAUGUGUACAAUAUUUACAAAUCACCACGUGUCUGACAGUUCUGUCUGCAGCAAGUUAUGCCAUGAUGAUUAAUGUUUCAUUUCAUGAAGGGUAUUUUACCUCCCUUCAUGAACUUAUGAUAAAUUAACAUUUCUGUAUAUUUUGUAUUUAAUUUAUUUAUGAUUGUUUUAAUUGUUCAGACGACCACCUCCAAUGAAGCCUAAAAAAGCUGCACUUGUUACAUUAAACAGUUCUAAUAUGUAAUUUGCAAUUAAAAAUGUUUUCUCAAAGA